GCGGUGUUUAUGGUGGUGCAAUAAAACUGUUCGUAUGUCACCUCGUUCUGAUUGCGGCAUCGAAAAUCGGUUUCGUUGCAGCUAUGGGCAUGAAGAAUUCAAAUUUUAAGCCGGUAAAACCGUUACAAUCUGCUUUUUUGAAAAAGUAGUCCAAUCUGUCGCCUAAGCAAAUCAUCAAAUCAAUCUACAAUCCACAGUCCUAGUGUGAGAUCAAACAGGCGAAUUAUCUGAUAGUGCCAUUCCCACACCUAAUCGCUCACACACACUCUUGUCAACAGCAGAGCAGAUCGAUUGCGAUCGUGUCGUGCGAUUACACUCCCACAGUAGGCUACGAUAUUCUUAAACGCAAUCUGACAACCGUGUGUCAGUUGACGCGGGCUUGAACAAUACUGGUCGUAGUAUGUGAGAGGAGCUAGUGUACAGGACAAUCGUUGGCGCAGGUCAACAGAUCUGAGUGCUUUAUUCAAUUUCACGCUUGGAGCUAUAGCAAACUCACACACACACACACGUCCAAAGGUUUCUUCAGUGGAGCUAGCUCGUCUAUUUGCCAGUAUGGACAACAACGCCUUGAGCUUAAGUAACGAGUCCGGAUUUCAAUCGGAUUGGAAAAGCAUCUAUCACCGGGAUGCGCUACUGUGGGCAUCGCACGAGUACGAAACCGAUGCUAUCAUGAAGCCGCUGGUUGAGUUGGUUUUCCAUCUCACGAGACAGUUUAAGCUCUCGCCUGCGAUUGAGUUCACUACAAUCGAUACGCUGGAGUUGCUCCUGGUGCGUGCCUUCCAGAGCUGGAUGAAGUCUUCUCAAGCAGGUCCGGAUUCGCUGGAACGUCAAAAGGACAUCUUUCUGCGACAACUCCCGAUGUACGUGGUGGCGGUGGUGGACAUCGUAGCCAAGUACAUAAACCUAGGAAUGAAGUUGGAUCUGGUGGGUCUUAAACGAGUGGCCAAAGUGAGUGAUUCAGGUCCGAACAUUUUGACCGUGGAGUUUGAGGUUAUCAAGAUAUUGGACAGUGAGCUUCGAUCAUCGCUAUUGCUAGGUGCAUUUGAACGAUUUUCGAAGGAGUAUCUCCUGCCUCUAAACGUUGCCAAUAAUGAGACUAUUGAGACCAUUGGAAUAAGGCUGCUGCGUUUAGUAAUCGCCGAGCGAGUACACAUCUAUGAAAGCCUCAAAACAUCAAUUAAGGACAGGGAAUGCUUUCGGCGCUUCAAAUCCAACAAACUCAUUCUGGCCGGUGCGAUCAUCGUCACCAUACUCUACCUAAUACCCGCCACCAGACAUAGCAAGGCGAUCCUGAACAAAGUCAUCGAACCGCUCGCUUAUGACUGUUGCGUACAGGCAACGAAUCUGAUCUAUCUCCGGGAUGCAGUGCUGCGUGUCAUUGGCGGCGGACGUUGAGCGAAACCGAUCGACAUCUCCAUUGGCAGGUGGUGGUGUCGUUGGCCGCCAUCCGUGCAUACGUUGAUUCGUGCAUUCGAUGUAAAUUAAAUCAGAACAGAUGGCAGGCUCAUAUUCAUUAUAUAUUCCGAGCGUGUUUUUAUUUGGUUUUCCGCCGCAUCUGGGAUCGCAGGUUGGCGAGCGGGAGCCAGGAUUGGCAGGGAUGGCGAGCAGAUCAAACGGAUCUGCAAUGUCAGAAACGAUUGAAUCGUCAGGGAGAGCUCGAAUGCAGCAGCCGCUUUUUUGUUUGUUUGACACUAGAAUCGAGACUUUAUAAAUGUAUGCUGAUGUCAGUACGCUAGCAGGUGUACAUUUCCGCGUUAUUUGACAUCUGUCGGAGGGGAGAUAGGAUUAAAAUGAUGUGGUAAUUAGAGUAGUUGGUAAUGAUAUCCGUGAGGGGCAUAGCGUUUGCGUUCUACUAGCUGAUGUCUAUUUGCGGUUUCUAGUGAUUUUUUUUUAUUAGGACUCUCUAAGAUCUAGUUCUUAUAUUCUCUCAAACUCUCAUACAAAUACAGCUCAGGAAUUCUAAUGAAAUGAUCUAAUACGUCUCAAUCCAGGAAGAACUCAGAAACGGUUUGCAAGAACUGUACGACGCGCAAUUUAUCUACACACCUUUCGACCACAGAAUUGCCGUCCACCGAACUACUUGUCCGACAACUAUUCUCCCCCAAGAACUGCCCAGUGCCACAUGCUAGCACAUUUAACGAAACACGUCCACGGUAAAGCACGAGCUCCGGCGAUCAGUUUGGAAUUCAAUUUGUAAAAUUUGUUUCACGAUCGCCCAACGCCACAAUCCACCCGACGCCCAUGCUCGAGGGUCGCCAGCGCGUGUUCUGGGCGCGAUCAAUCAUCGAUCGAAUUCAUUCGCGUCAAAGACAAUUGCAGUAAUUUUCCUGACCGGGGCUCACUGGGUGGGGGGGUGGUGGGACUUUGUGUGAGGUCCGUCCCAACCGGGUAUGGUCCCUCCGGGAAGUUCCGCUGGCCGUGGCUUACUUUCGGUUUCCCUUAACUUCACACCAGCUGGCAGCACCACUUGACAGACGAAGGCUUGAAGGCUCUGCCCUGCGUAUCCCGGACGGGGACAGAAGGUGUCCGACCAUUUUCUUGGCAUGCCUUUAAGGAAGUUUGCUGUUUGCGGUGAGGUAAUAGGCAUCAGCUGAGCACUAGACAUCUGUGACCGUAGCGUAGGCAUGCAACACAUCACAUUCCUUAAACCAAGCGCCUCGCAG